AACAAGAUGUACCAGGUCCCACUGCCGCUAGACCGGGAAGGAACUCUGUUCCGGCUCCGCUUCACCAUGGUUGCCCUGGUCACAGUCUGCUGCCCACUUGUCGCCUUCCUCUUCUGCAUCCUCUGGUCCCUGCUCUUCCACUUCAAGGAGACAACGUCUACACACUGUGGGGCCACUCCCUACAGGAUGUUUUCUGCAGCCUCCCUGCCCUUGGACUCCGAUGGGACCGUGUUCCGGCUCCGCUUCACAACCUUGGUCUUGUGGGUCAUCACUUUCCCCGUGUUUGGCUUCUUCUUCUGCAUCAUCUGGUCCCUGCUGUUCCAUUUUGAAUACACGGUGGCCACUGACUGUGGGGUGCCCAAUUACCUGCCAUCAGUGAGCUCGGCCAUUGGCGGCGAGGUGCCCCAGCGCUACGUGUGGCGCUUCUGCAUUGGCCUGCACUCAGCACCCCGCUUCUUGGCAGCCUUCGCCUACUGGAACCACUACCUCAGCUGCGCUUCCCCGUGUCCUGGCUACCGCCAGCUCUGUCGUCUCAACUUCAUCCUCAACGUCAUCGAGAACCUCGCCCUUCUAGUGCUCACCUACGUCUCCUCCUCCGAGGACUUCACCAUCCACGAAAAUGCUUUCAUUGUGUUCAUCGCAGCAUCCCUCAGUCACAUGCUCCUCACCUGCAUUCUCUGGCGGCUCACCAAGAAGCACACAGUAAGUCAGGAGGAUCGCAAGUCCUACAGCUGGAAACAACGGCUCUUCAUCAUCAACUUUGUCUCCUUCUUCUCGGCACUGGCUGUCUACUUUCGGCAUAACAUGUAUUGUGAGGCUGGAGUGUACACCAUCUUUGCCGUCCUGGAGUACACUGUUGUCCUAACCAACAUGGCAUUCCACAUGACAGCCUGGUGGGACUUCGGGAACAAAGAGCUGCUCGUAACCUCUCAACCUGAGGAAAAAAGAUUCUAACUCCUUCUAUGCUGCUAGGAAGAGCCCUCACCUAGGCACAGAGGCUUUCAAGCAACAUCACCCUUAACUGAGAAGCCCUAAGAAGCUGAGCUGGCACGAAAGCUCCACCAUUUGGUGCUAAACAACAACAAGAGCAACAAAAGUCCUGAGGUUCAUAACCACCAUCUAGUUUUUGGCCUUUUCAUAGAAACUUUUUGAGGUAUGAGACUGCUAAGCAGUGGCUGCUACCUGGAAACCAGUCAUUUCUCUCCAGGUCAUUUGCUUGACUGUGUCUAAUGAGGUACUGUGCACACCCAGGCCUGCGGCCAUAGUGCUCUGCUGAGUGUCCCCACAUGUUCCAGUCCUGACUUCACCUCUUUGAUCUGGUGUGGCUCUAGGGUGUAUACCUUUCCCUGUCAGCCUCUCAUUAUGUCUAUCCCUGUGUAUGAUGGGGGAGGGCGUGCUGUUGAACAUCCAAGGGCUUUGCCAGUGUGGCUCUUAAUAUCUGACGGAGGUGUUCUGUACCUGGAGGAUAACCCAUCCCAGAAAAGAACCCACGCACCGCAUGUAUUUCCCUUUCCUUCUGAAAUCACUGGCUUAUGGAUUCUUCCUCCUCUCCAAAGGGAGAUGAGACAGAGGCAUAGUUCCUAAUGGGUUCCCUGGUGUUUCUCCAUUUUCCCUACAACCUCAGACUGACUCUGAGCUUUUCUGGUUGUACAUUUUAUUGCAAAUAACAAUAAAUUUUUUUUUGCCAACAAUCUA